AUGGCCAAAGUCGAGGCUAAUUUGAAUUCAAUUUAUAACGAUCGAAGGCAAUCGCGGCCAUUAUCGACCGCUACGGUACCAUUUCGUCUACCACCAACAAAUCAAGGACUAUCAUUUGAAGGCAAUCGUGAAUGGCGUAGUAUUGUAGCGAGCAUUACCACGUUAUUUCAGAAACGUAGUAGCAGUUAUAUAAGCUUCGAUCAAGUUCUGGAGAAAGUCAGAUUAAUCUUGAACUCAGAAACAGGAAAUUUACUCUACGAUUAUUAUCAGGAUCAUUUACUAAAGAAAGGAAUGAUUAUUUUACGAGAAGAAGUCAAAGAUCUUACUGGUGAUGAAUUAUUAAAGAAAUUGGUGAUAUUGUGGAAUCAAUUUUUCGUCGAUAUUUUGCCUGCCUUACAGAUUUUAUUUCACCCUAUUCAGACAAGGCAUUUAAGCAUCCGUCAGGUAGCUUUAGUGAGUUUUAGAGACAUUCUUUUAUUGAAAACAAAAAUUGAAGAAACAAUUUUACUCGAAAUUGCGACUAUAACACCAUCUAUCCAACAAAUGCUGUUGGUUUUAUUGAGCGUUCAUGAUAAAUCACCACCCAAUGAAGAAUAUAUACGCUUAGAAAAAAUGGCAGCCAAAGUAGUUAAGCCUUACAUGCCGGUUAGUUAUCGAAGCAACAAUCUUGAUACAGUAACACCAGAUAAUCCAUAUCUAAGGAGAAUCAGAGAUAGUAUCUUAGAAGAUAAAGAUAUUGUCAUGAAAGUGCCAAUUGUACUCAGGUCCGAGUCUGCGUCAUUUAGUAACAGUCGUGAUACUAGUAAUGAUUUCAGAGCAUCCUUAGUAAGUGGUGGAAUAACCUUCGAUGCAAGGCCGCAUAGUUUCGCUGGAGAUUUGCCGUUACGUCGGAAGCACAGGCCGGUAAUUCACGGUACAUACUUAGGUAACCUUGAAAAUCCAUUAACCUGUGACAUUUAUGUAGCAGCUAGAUACACGACAAUUAAUUCCAUUUACGUCGGGUGGUCUACCGGCACCGAUAAUAGAGAAUUAGAGAAGGAAUACGAAUUAAAUUACCUGAAGUAA